AUGAAGCCUGGAAAACUAUCCAAAUUAGAAGCCCAUCUUGCAUUGAAGUGUUCUUAUAUAGAUAAACAUGUUCGACAAACUUAUUUACUUCGUGUAGCUCAUUAUAAUAAGGCUAAUGAAGUAGAAUCUAAUAUUCUAAUAGCUUCAAAAAAAAUAAACCGUCAAUUUACUAUGUCAAGCUUUUUUCCACAAAAAGAAGGUAGUGGCUUAUCUGAUGGACAGAUAAAUUUAAUAAAUAAUGCAUUAAUAAAAGCCUUUGUAGUUUGUGGUAUUCCAUUCUCUGUAAUUGAGAAUCCUUUUUUUAUUGACCUUCUUCAAAGUUUGUAUCCAAGUUAUCAACCACUAUCAAGAAGAGUAUUAGCAAAUAAAUUGUUAAACCAGGAGCAUUCUAAAAUUAUAAUAAAACAGGAAGCUGUUUUUAAAGAAUCAAGUAAUUUAACAAUAGACAAAAUUGAGUAUAUUAUAAAUGAAAUUGAAAAUGACAAAUUUGCAGCAAUUGUCUCUGAUAAUGCUAGUAAUAUAAAGCUUGCUCGACAAAUAAUUUAUAAAAAAUAUCCAAAUAUCUUAAAUUUUAAUUGUAUUGCACAUUGUGCUAAUCUUAUAUUUAAAGAUAUUCUUAGUAAGUAUUAA